AUGGCGGCUACGGAUGAAGGCAUCAACAUUCAGAACGGGGAAUCUGUCGUAAAUCGGUGGAUUUUUGACUGUGAAUUGUUUUUGGCCAUCGAUUCGUUAAAAAAGAAACGGUACAAUGACUUCUGUGCUCAUCGAGAUGCACUUAACAGAGUUCUGUCUCGUCCUCUGGAGUCCAGCGAAACGACGCUCACUAAGAUCCGACUCCUGUACUUCCUCAGUCGGAUACACGAGGGGGAGGCUGGGGACUUGACCUCUGAGGAUGACCCCGCUCUCAGCCCUCUAGAAUCUGCCUUAAAAGUUUUGCAAACUAUGAAACGGGACUGCCCGCAGGAGGAUUAUAACAAGGUUUGCAACUUGCUGAAGGAGAUGAUUGUAACAAUGUUCAUCAAGAAUGCUGAAUUUGAAAAAGCAAAAAAAGCUCUCAACAAAAACUUCCCCAAGUCUAUGAUCGGCAAGAAAGCUGUUUUUAUGGGUCUGAUAAACCAGAAAAGCAGAGUCCAUGAGAUUCUGGACAAAAUGGACUUUGACCAGUUCAGAGAAGAGAUGCUUAACUUCUGUCUGAAGAUUUGUCCGAUCACAACUCCAUUUCUUUUGAAGGCAGCUUUCAGUCUUAUUGAAUCAAGAAAAACUAAGGCAGACGACGGCAAUAUUGUGCAGCAGCAGCAGCAGCAGCAGGAGGAGGAGCAGCAGGAGGAGCCAGAGCAGCAACAGACAGAGCAGCAGGGCUUUAAACCUGCUUUAUGUAAUCGUAUGUUGAUUAAAAAGUCCAGUCUUGAAGCAGCAUUCAAAAUGUUAGCACGUGGAACGACUUUUGCCAUGUUGGAAAAAGAGAUGGAAGACGAAACAUCUGCGAUAGUAGACAAAGAGUGCUCCACGCCCCUCUCGCCUUGCCUUGAAGAUGAGCUAAUUCAAGAUCAACUGUAUCUCAGAAACUCUGGGAGCCCAAGGGAGGCUUCUCCAGCAGACAAACCAAUGCAAAUGAGUGACAUACCACAAGCAGAGAAAAGUUCACUCUCAGAAAUGAAAACACCAACCAGCAGACGGCCCUACACUAUUGCUCGUCUGGUUGUUGAGCCAGAUAGCCAAGAAUCAGAAGCACAAGAACUGUCACCAGGAUCUUCUCAACUCACUGAUAUCACACAGUGUCCUCUAGUCGAGUGUGAAGUAAGCCAACCUGUACGGAAACCCAAAAGUUGUGACAGGACCAAAGUAAUACUGAGAAGCGAAUCAUUUGAUACAGACGAUGUAGAUGAUGAAAUCCAAGUGUCUGUUCAUAACACUAGCCGACAGACAGAUGAAGAUGUGGUGGUCUUGCAUGGUUUAGAUCGAUCCCCCAGCCCAGUUUUCAAGGAUAGCCCACAAACAAGUUCUACUCCUCAUAAAGUCAAAUCUUCCUCAGAUACCGGAUGGAAACGAGCAUUCACCAGUGCAAAGGAGGCCAAGGAGGAAUGGAGCGAUGAAGAUCUGCUCUUUGAUGAAGUGUCAACAAAUCGAAGCCACUCUUCUGGUCAGAAAAAAAGGAAAUGGACAGACAGUGAGACCCAGCGACUGAAAGAAGGGGUUCAUAAAUUUGGAGAGGGAAACUGGAGCAAGAUAAAGGCUUAUUACAAUUUGAAAGAUCGAACCAAUGUCAAUUUGAAAGAUCGGUGGAGAACAAUGAAGAAAAUGAAAAUUGCAUAG